AUGUCUCUCCGAAUGGCCGCCGCCCUAACCGCCGCUCCAGCUGCCCCGAGUAACACCUUGUUGUCGAGCUUCGCGAACCCCUCCGAUUUCGAAACGAAGCCGUCCAUGUCCGCUGCCGAGAAAGCCUUCGUGGUUGGCGAGCUGGACCUCCACGGAGCCGUGACCCUAUGCGAUUCCUGCUACAGCGACAUACCCGAACGAAGGACGGAUGCGCUGCGUCUACAGCUCACCGGCCAGAAGGGCUCAUGCGCGGCUUGUGAGGUCAUGGCAUCGAAGCCCGAAGCAUUCACCGAGCCCUUCUGCAGCUUCUUGAAGGAGAACCCGACCAUAUUCCAUGCCGUCGACUACUUCAAGAGCAAGAUGACGUCUCUUGGCUAUACCGAGCUUACCUCUCGUGACGAUUGGUCCGGUAAGCUGGAGACGGGUGGAAAGUACUUCGUGACUCGAAACGGCAGCUCCACCAUCGCAUUUACCGUCGGAAAGGCCUACAAACCCGGGAACGGAGUAGCUAUGAUCGCUGGUCACAUCGAUGCCCUCACUGCAAAGCUGAAGCCGGUCAGCAACAAGCCAAGCAAGGCUGGUUAUAUACAAUUAGGAGUGGCUCCAUACGCAGGUGCACUGAACCAAACGUGGUGGGACAGAGAUCUUAGCAUAGGUGGACGAGUGAUUGUGCGAGACGGAUCAGGCAAGACGUCGUCCAAGCUCGUCAAGCUUGACUGGCCGAUUGCUCGCGUCCCGACGCUGGCACCCCAUUUCGGUGUUGGUAUGAUGGGCCAGAACAACGCGGAAACUGAGGCGGUUCCCAUCAUCGGGCUCGACAACUCUGACCUGGCCUCGUCCGACUCGAAGCCAGCAAAGGCAUUGGGUCCGGCCGGAUCGUUCGUGGCUACUCAACCGCCGAGGCUUGUCCAGUUAAUUUCCAAAGAACUCGGGAUCAAGGACCACUCUCAGAUUGUCAACUGGGAGUUGGAGCUCUUCGAUCUGCAGCCAGCAACUGUUGGCGGCAUGGACAAGGAGUUCAUCUUCGCUGGGCGAAUCGACGACAAGCUAUGCAGCUGGGCAGCGUUUCAGGGCCUUUUGUCCUCGGAGAUGAACGACGACGAUGGUGCCAUCAAGAUGGUAGCGCUGUUUGACGACGAAGAGAUCGGCUCGUUACUGCGUCAAGGCGCCAAGGGCAACUUUCUGCCCUCGGUCAUCGAGAGAGCGGUCGAGUCGCUUUGCGGCAAGGACAAGCCGUACGGUCCUGGUGUCAUAGGUCAGACCUACGCAAGUUCGUUCCUUGUCUCGGCCGACGUUACUCACGCCAUAAAUCCCAACUUCGCUGCGAAAUACCUAGAUGACCAUGCGCCUCGCCUGAAUGUGGGAAUCUGCAUUUGCGCCGACAGCAAUGGCCAUAUGACAACCGACUCGGUUUCCACGGCCAUCCUGACGAGGGUGUGUGAGCUGAGCGACUGCACGCCACAGACCUUCAUGAUCCGAAAUGACUCGAGGAGUGGUGGUACGGUGGGCCCGACGCUGAGCUCCAUGAUGGGUGUCAAGGCCGCCGACGCUGGUAUGCCCCAACUGAGCAUGCACUCGGUUCGUGCCACGUGUGGUUCGCUCGAUCCGGGCUUGGGUGUCAAGUUCUUUAAGGGUUUCUUGGACAUGUGGGAGAAGGUUGAUGCCGAGUGGCAGUAG